GAGAGAGAUUACAGGCAUCAAGAAGCUCAGAUGGACUUGUAGCGUCGACGUCUGGUUUCAAGCCUGCAGCCUGUGCACCUGUUGCCUCAGUAGACCAAGAAUUUAUCGAAGAAGUUCCAGACAGUCAACUCUUGAGAAAAGGGAGGCACUGGUACGAAAGGUCAGAGGCGUGGCCUCACAUCAGGCUAACUCAAGUCGUCAUGAACUCUGCUUUUUUGAGGAACAGGGCGGCGGCUCAAAGCAGGGCGAGGGAAGGUAACUCCAUGGGCUACAGCCCAGAAGACUGUGAUGUGUGCCUGAAUGCAUUCGACAACUCUGUGCAAAGGCCGCGCACUCUACCCUGCGGCCACACAUUCUGUGGACUUUGCAUAAAUACACUGAGUCGAGGGGGCCAAAUCACAUGUCCUUCCUGCCGCGCCAGACACACUGUUCCCAUGGGAGGGCAGUUUCCCAUCAAUUAUACGCUUGAGUCUGUGGUAAAGACGCAGAGAAACGUCCAAGGCACGGCUGGUAUAAGCGGCAAAACACGCUCUUUACUGAGGGACCAAGAGACUAAGAUCAUGGCUGCCAUCGGUACCUGUCAGAAUGUACACUCGCAGCUUAACCAGUAUGAGAUGGGUUUGGAGGGCUGGGGCAGCACGCAACAAAUAUUAGAAGGAAAGUUUCAGAAAGUGAUGGACCAAAACAGAACGGCCAAAGACCUUGUGCAGCACGAGAAGUUCAGGACGUCAAUCAAGAGGGAGGAGGUAAAGGAGAUGGAGAAAGAGCUGCGUGCCGCCCUGCAAACCCUAAAGACCGUCUCCACUGAGCAGGAGGCUGGCACGGCCUUUCUUGACGGCACUCGAUGCGUGGAGGAGGCACAGGUGAACGCGGAGGAAUGCAUGGGAGUGCUUUCCGAUGAGAGUGCCACUGUGACAAAGGAGAUAAUGGACGUAUCGUCGGAAGCUCUGGAUUCCGUUCAGACUCUGGAGGUGGUCUUUGAGGCCGUGCUGAAUAAGGCGGGGCCCGUUGAUCGCAAUCGUCAAGGAGCCUGUACGUUUAAUCCACGUGGCCAUCCAUCAAGGGCUCGGAAUGCCCGGCCUGCCCCGAAAUCCUCCCUCUCGAACAGACUGCAGGGGUUGCAUGUACAUCCACAGCCUGCAGCACACUUGAAGGUGGAAGACGUGUGCAGUCUGAGGCAACCCACACGGAGUCUCCUGGAGGCUGGCCGAGUGUUUGCCGUUCACCAAGUGAAAGGACAGUGGCAGUGUGCAAGUAUCACACUUUCCGGGUGCAGCGUCUACCUCCACGCCUUGCAGGACCAGACUCUGCCCGCUGGGGCUUCCACGCUGCAGAUGAGCGAGGUUCUGCCGUUUCUUCCCCCGUGCCUGGUAUUCCUGGAGCUGACUUGGCCUGGCAGCGCGCCACGCCAGGUCCGCAUCCGGUUUUCCAAAGAUAGUCCCCGUGCCAGACAGUUCGUGCUUCUGUGUACAGGGCAGUGGGGUCCCUCAUACGUGGGUACCAAGUUAUGGGCAGUGGAGGACAAAGGGCGCUCAACGGAGAGGGUGAAAGGCGGGGAUUAUGAGAGCAAUAAUGGGCAAGGUGGAGCCUCUCUUCUCCCUGGCCCCGACGAGGGUGACUACCAGAAUGCAGUUCGAGCUGGCUCUGUGUGGGCAUGUGGGUGGAAUGACGCCGCCCGCAGUGCUCAGUUCGCCAUCAGCACGAAGGACCGUACGGAUCGCUGCACGUGGACCGGGGUCUUCGGCGAGGUGGUGCAUGGCCUGGAUGUCAUUGCUGCUGCGGCCCGCCACCAAAAUAUCCAGGAGGUGACUGUGGUGGACUGCGGUGUGGUUUUGAAAGAGUAGCUGCACAACGUUGCCAGAUUGUCGUACUCAGCCUCCUCUGUUUGCCGAUUUCCGCCCUAAAAACUGUCUUCUCCACACCCAAAACUGGCUUCAUAUAAAAUUAUCGAUAAAAUGGCUAAUUGCCGGUGUUUCUUGGCAACAUUUAUGGGCCAGAAACCGGUAAAUACGCGGCUCUGAGUACGAUAAUCUGGCAAAACGGGGGAGUAGCAUCGUGUAUCCUGAAAACCAUCACCAUCCUUUCCUUAACCCAGACUGAUUGAUUGAUUGAUAGUUUAUUGUUGCAAGUAAACGACAAAGAAGGGAGGAGCAUGCCAUCCCAACCCCCAGGCAGUACAGAGUGAUGAUGAUCUAUAAUAUGACUUAUUUACCAAGUUGAUUAUUUUUGCUUUAUUAGUCCAUCAUCGUUGUGGUUGGACGUGUGUUCCUGUGGGCUCUUGUCCCGUGUUUGUUGUCCAUGGCGUACUUGACUUUUAUUUCCAGGGAUCUAACUUAAUAUCAGAGAGAGGAGCUGCGGAGAAAGAGCUGCUGGUCGAACUGAUAUGGGUUCUUUGCCCAGUCAGGGAACCCGAUUAGGUAGUGGCUCAGGCCUUGCUUCUGUUUCUGUGUCCUCUGAGCCUAACCCUCUUGUCCGUCCUAGUACUGUUUGCCCUAAAAAAAAAAUUAAAAAAAAAAAAAACGAUCAUAAGACCUUUCCGGUUCCAAGCGUACUGAUGUUAGCGUCCCUGUACAAAAAUUCUUCUUUACUCUUGUUCUUUUGCAUUGGAAUUGUUUGGUGCAUGAAGUUAGUAUGCUAGUGGAUUUAUUGUCUGGCUGUAAUGUAGCGUUAUGUGGUGUGCGUGAGACUUGACUAUAUUCUGAUAUCGGUGACUCUGUUGUUAGAAUAGCUAUUUACAUUUUUUUUUUUUUUUUUUUUAGAAAUGACUCUCCUUCUAAUCUAAGAAAACAUGGUGUUGGGGUUUAUAUUAGGGGUGACAUUAAGGUUGGCAGAACCUAUAAUGACCGUCCCAACAUGGGUUGGGUGUGUUUGCCUGAUUUUGGUGUCACUGUUUUGGUUGUUUACAAACCUCCAAGUAAUUCGUUGGAGGACAAUAUAACUUUCAUCUCCUACUUUGAAUCUGUUUUUUGAGGAUAAAGAACUUAUUCAGGCUGGUGAUUUUAACCUGCCCUCCAUUGAUUGGUCCACUGAUGUUCCUGUUGGUAUGUCUUUGCUUGAAGAGCAAUUUCUUGAUUUGUUUAGCUCUUUAGGUCUUGUACAGUGGGUCAAGCAGGCUACUUAUCUUCGAUCUAACAAUAUAUUGGACUUGAUUUUUACCACUGAAAAUGAUAGAAUAUCAAAUGUUAAUUUGAUUGACCCCUUUUCUGGCUGUGACCAUUUUCCCAGUAUUAUUUGACUAUCUAUUUUGUCCUCCGUGGUCUAGUGGUCAGCGCGUCUGGCUACUAUUACUACUACCCCUCACGUGAUCGUAAGCCACACUCACGUCCACGCAGCGCCUUCACCGCAAUUCUCGAAGCGCCACGCACGUCAUCGUAAGUUACUAAGUUGCGAUACGUAAGUCACGUGAGGGUCGGGUGUCGUCGUCAGUUGCUUUCACUUUAUCAGUAUGGUGUUAGACCCGGCAGGUCAGUGUCUGAGCAAUUACUAUACACUUAUGACUAUAUUACUGAUCACUAUGAUCGAGGGUUUUCAGUGGAUGUUAUAUUUUUUUUUAACUUUAAGAAGGCUUUUGAUAUUGUGAACCAUAGACUGUAACUUAGGAUGCUAGCUAGCACUGAAGUUGAAGGCUGUUUUCUGGGGCGGCCGAGUGAUUACUUGACUGGCAGGAAUAUGACUGUGGUCGUGCAUGGCUGUGAAAGUUUUAAAGUUGAGGUUAAUUGGUGGCGGUGUUCCACAAGGUUCAGUGGUUGGUCCCUUGCUAUUUCUUAUCUAUAUCAAUCAUGUUGUUUCUGGUUUAAGGUGGAUGUCUGUCCCCAUUGAACCACAUAUUAAAGUAGUAGCUGUAGGCUUCUUAGAAAGUUACAAUAGGCAGUUUUACUUAUUAUAUCCUUAAAAUAUAACCUUUAUUCGAUAAAAUGGUCAACUAGAUUUUUUUUUAUUAUAAUUAACAUUUUUUUAUUAUUAUUAUAAAAAAGGUGACUUUAAAAAAAAAUAGAAUGCUGAAUUUCAGAUUCUACUUAAGAAGUUGUUAGAAGAAAGGCUGAAUAUGAAGCCAAAGAAUUAUUGAAAAGCAUGAUGAAGAAAUAAUAAAGAUAUUGAUUGUA